AUGGAGGAGCAACAGCAGACGCAGGAGCAGCAGCAGCACCGAGGGGCAAGAGGCAGCGGCGGCCGGGGGGGCGCGGGGGCAGCGGCUCAGGGGCCUCACCAUGGUGGAUGUCUCACCCGGAACGGUACCCCCCCAGCCGGGAACCCCGGCCACCCCCGCAGGGGGGUGGCGGCGACAACCUCCACCGUGGCGACCCCAGCCUCUUCGCCCGCCUCAGCGCCCAGCCAAGAGAUCCGAGGAAGCCAGGGAGGGUGGGAGGAGAAGAAAAAAGGCAGGGGGGCUGCAAAGGCAGACUGGAGAGCUGCUCCUCCGGCCACUGGGGUGGAGCGCGGCGGGGUCCGGCCAGGAAGGAGCGGGCGGGCGGAGAACCCAGGAGCAGAGGCGGCGCUUCCCUCAAGGAUGCGGCGAGGAGGAAGCAGGGCUCCGCUCGGUGGGGGCCGGCGGGGGGGUGCCGAGCCCAGACCCGGGCGGCGGCAGCGCGGUCCUGCGGAAGCCCACCCCACCAUCUCCCGCCUCGCGGUCGGCUGCCCUCAGUCCCCGGCGGCGACCGGGCCGGUCCUUCCGGACGAGCAGAAGCGGGCGAGGGGCCUCAGGGCGGCGGAUUCCUCCAGACACGCUCUGGCCGGGACGGUUCCAGAAGAGGGAGGAGGGGGCGGCGGGACGCGUGUGAGGCAGGGGCAGGCGGACCGACCGCCCCCAGCCGGGCCGGAGAAGAGCGACGCGCCCCAGGGGCAGGGUCACGAGAAGCGUCGGGAGAGCGAGGGAGCGGCCGCGGGUCCCCCAGCAGCCUGCGCCCAGCAGCAGCUCGGCGGGUCAGCUCCUCACGCCCGCCAGAGGGGAGCCGCGAGGGGGGCGGCGGAAGCGCUCACGCCGCCCGCUCCUUCCGCCGCCGCCGCUGCCCGAACCGGGGGCGCCCGCGGGAGAAGGAGACGAAGUAGUCCCUGGCGAUUUCCCCGCACCGCCAGCUUCCCGGAGAACCAGAGUGGGAAAUUCUGAAGAAGGGAGGUCCUUCAGCCAUACUACUUCCUGGAACAUCUCACCACCCCACUCUGGAACGUGGCACAUAUGGGGCCUGUGGUAGGUGGGGAUCCUGGGUGACACAAAGCCCAUUGUGCCUCUUCUGAAAGUUUGUUCAGAAACUGGAUUGAGUUGGUGCCCCAGCACAGAGAUGCUAUGAGAAUCUAUGGAAGAAAUAUACUUGGGAAUAGAUCCCAAUGGGUGAGAUUACACACUUUGCUCUUCAACAACCGGAAAAGUCAAAACUACAUUCACUUGCCUGUACCAAUAGGCACUUGUGAUGGUCAAUUUUAUGUGUCAACUUGUCUAGACAAUGAUACCCAGAUAUUUACUCAUAAAUUAUUUCAAAUAUUUCCGUAAAGGUGCUUUUUAGAUGAGAUCCACAUUUAAGUCUGUAGAUGCUGAAUAAAACGGGUCACCCUCCAUAAUGUAGGUGGGCCUUAUCCAAUCAGUCGAAGGCCUUAUUAUGAAAAAGAUUGACCUCCCCCAAAGAAGAGGGAAUUCUGUCAACAGAUGGCCUUUGGACUCAAACAGCAACUCUUUCCUGGGUCUCCAGUCUGCCAGCCUCCUCUGCAGAUUUUGGACUCGCCAAGCUCCCUUAAUUAUAUGAACCAAUACUUUAUAAUAAAUGAAUCAAUCAACAAAUUGAUCAAUAUCUCUCUUCCUGUUGCAAGGCCUUUGCACAUCUGGGACAUGAAUACUCCCACCUCUAGCCUAACUAAUGCUUCCUCAUCCUCAUACAUCUCUCAACAUCAUUCCCUUAAGGAACCCUCCUUAUUUCCCUUGAUGAGUUUGAUCUGAUUUCAGAGCAGCAUGUACCUUUCCUUUGUAGCACUUAGCACUUUGUAACUCUACCAUUGUAUUGUCACUGAGGUCAUGAUCAGAGUCAAGCCUGUCUACCUGAUAGUAGACUUGCUGGGUUGGGAGAGGGUGGACUGUAUCUCUACUUCCAAUGCUUGUGUGCUUGGCACAUAGAAAAUAUUUAUUGAAUAAAUAUGUAGUGAUUCCUAACUACUUGAACCCCUUAUAAAUGAAGGAUUAUUUUCACAGGUUGAGGGGAUUCAGGCCCGUGGACAGGCCCUUGGUUAUGCAGUGGUAAAACUGAUUUUCUGCCCUAGGUCUGUUGACUCAGAGCCCAUGCACUUUCUACUCACCAAUCUGCCUUCCUCAGCAGCCUGCAGAAACCAAAGGCAAAUCCAUUUAAAGAAAACACUCCAAUCUGUGCACUUCCCUUAUUGUUUCAUCUCUAAAACACACCUCAAUUCUUGAUACCACUAAGAGAAUGAGAAAUCCGUUGUUUUUGAUUGAAACAAAACAGAGUAAUUGUCUGGAAAUUGAGGUACCUAUUGCCUCCGAAUCAUUACACCUCAGAGAGAAGCAUGUCACUUGAAGGUGAGACUAAGCAGGUGAAGAAUUCUCUUGACUUCCAGAUUUUAGAGAGUGACAAAAAAAACAUCACAUGAAGGAAAGAAUCAGAGAAAAUGUAAAAUGUAUUCACAUUUCAUAAAAAUGGAGAUUAAAAUUACAUAUCUCAAGAGUUCCUUCAUGGCCCAGCAGUUAAGGACUCAGCAUUGUCACUGCCAUGGCUCAGGUUACUGCUGUUGCUCUGUUCGAUUCCUGGCCUGGGAAUUUCCUCAUGCUGUAGACAUGGCCCUAAAUCACAUAUCUCACAUUUUUAUGCAACUCAAAAGUGUUUUAGGUAUAAUUCUAAAGGAUCAAAGCAAUUGAUUUUAACUGGUUCCUGAAUAGCAAUACUAAACUUGGUCCUGGUUGUCAGGUAGAUAAUCCCAUUUCAUUUUAGAAACACAACAGGUUAAGAAUUGCGCAACUUUCCUGGGGUAUCAUGUAAUAAUAAGUAGACAGCUCAGACAGGGAAACUUGCAAAAAUCUAAUCAAAACGUCCUUACAAUACUGUCUCCUGAAUUUCAGACCCACAGGGCAAUUUCACAGCCAAGUCUGAAAGACUUGAAAAAACAGGGUUGGAUGGGAAGUGCUGACACAAGCCCAGCAGAAAGAAUGGCCUCACUAUAUUGCCACAACAAUCUGAGAAAAAAAAUUUUUUUUGGUGUGAAUUAAUCUUCAAGCUGCUUCUAUGUGACUUGAGAAUAUGCCACCGAAACUGACAUAACCUUGGCCAUGUGCACAAAUCGUGUGUACAUUCCUGAUGAAUCGGGCCCUUGAUCACAUUCCUAUUAAUUACACUUAGAUCUGAACUAAGUCCUAACAUGUUAAGAAUGUUAGAGGGGAGAAAACAACAACAGUGGAGAAUUUUGCUUCUCUAUUAUAAAAAUAGAAGAAGGAGGAGCUUAUGACAACUGCAAGUUAAGACUUUUUCAAGUAACUUCUACUGAGGUAAAGUAAACUGACUGACACAUUAUUAUUAGGUGAACUUAGGGUUAAGUUGAUGGCAAAGAACUUCAGGUACUUUAGGAAAAAUCAUUUUGGUACCACCCGUGCUUCCACAGGACAUGGGUUUUUCUCUCCUGGCUUUUUCUUAACCUGGGAUGAAUAUCAGACAUUUGUGUUUUUGUUUUACUCUCUGUAUUUGCACUCCCAUGCCAGCCCCUUAGACUUGAGUUGCUGUAGGACAGGAAAGAUGUUUUAUUCUUCUUUUAAUCCCAGACAACACUCAGAAAACUGCAGUGAAUAAAACAAAUGCAAAAUACAUGUUAACUGACAUCAGUAAUAUUUAGUAACUGGGAGAUCUGUACAAUAUGAAAUGUAUCUUAGAAGGUAAAAUAAUAACAGCAUUUGAAAUUGAUGGGGCCACCUGGGCCUGAGAUUCUUGUGUGUGUGUGUGUGUGUGUGUGUGUGUGUGUGUGUGUGUGUGUGUGUGUGUUUUGGCUGCCCCUACAGCAUGCAGAAGUUCCUGGGCCAGGGAUUGAACCCACUCCACAGCAAUGACCCAAGCCACUGCAGUGACAACACCGGAUCCUUAACCCACUGCACCACAAGGAAACUCCUUUUUUGUGUUCUUUACUAUCAGCCUCUUGAACACUAGCGCUCUUAGGCUGGACCAAGUCAACUGUCAAACCAAAUUGGCAGCAUCAUUUAAUCUUGAAAUGAGCACUUAGAGCCUCAGUAGACAAUGAUCACCAUUGCAAGAACUCCACAAACUUAAUUUGGAUCCCAGUUUUGCCCAUUCUUGGCUCUGUGACUUUAGGCAAAUUUCUUAAUCUCUUUAAGGGAAAUGGUCUAGACAAAUUCCUAUGGCAGGCCGGUGUUUCAUGCGUUUGUGUGGGCAAGCUGGGAUCAUAAUAUUCUGUAAUAACCUAUAUGGGAAAAGAAUCUGAAAAAGAAUGGAUAUAUGUAUACAUAUAACUGAGUCACUUUACUAUACAGCUGAAACUAACACAACACUGUAAAUCAACUAUACUCUAAUCUGAAAUAAAAUUAAAGAAAAAAAAUAAAGGUACUGGGGCAAGACUGCUUGAAAGCAAUAAUCCAUCGCUUGGGCACAGCAGGGAGUCUUUUUAAUUUUUUUCAUUUUUUUGGCUGCACCUUUGGCAUGUGGAAAUUCCUGGGCAAGGGAUUGAACUAGCACCAUAGCAAUGAUGACAUUAGAUCCUUAACCUUCUGAGCCACGUGGGAACUCCAGCAGGGAGUCUCGAGAAUUGUGGGACUUGGAGUUUGGUCUACAACUUUCCAUUGUCUGUUAUCCUAAGUUUAUCUGGGAAAGUACAACAGAGACUAGCAAUCAGCUACUUUGUCUGGAUCUGGAAAUGCUUCUUGUACCUUGAAGGUUUAUGGCAAUUCUACACAUGCACUCUCUAUAAUCCUGAAACUCUACUACUGAGGUUGCUUUUGGGAAUCCCAGGGUUACCUCCACCCUCUUGAUCUGUAAAAGCCGUGGAAAUCCCCAGAUAUUGCUUCCUCCACUUUGACCCAUGAUAGGAAAUUACCAUGCUGUAUACCGUUUUAGGAUUUUUAGGAUUAGGGAAAGGAAAUUAAUCGACAUUUCUGAGAAGUCCAUGUGAAUCAUUCUUAAGAUGUUAGGUUUCAGAUUAGAUCUUGCAGUUUAGCGUUCUGUGUGUAUUGAUAGAGUUGAUAAAGUAGCACAUAGAUAUGAUGGCUGUUCCUGGGAAGAUAUUAUCCUCAUUUUAUGGACAGUUAAAAAGAAGACUUGGAGUGAAGCGUCUCACCCAAGGCCAUGUAAUGUGUAUGUAGCAGAGGCAGGAGUCAAAAGAUUUUAAAUCAAAUUGCUGUGAUGUUUCUGAAAAGUCUUGUCAAGAAUGGAAAGUGGGGACAAGACAACAUGGCAGAGCCUUCCCAUUUUUACUCUUUCUGAAAAGGGUUGCAUCAUCUGACUCUAUACUUUAAAAAAGAUUAAUAGGAAUUUUUAUUACAAAGGAUGAAGCACUUGAAAAACAUUGCAUGAUUUGGUGAAUCAUUUCAGAGAUUACUUACAUAACCGGAUUUCCCUCCAGCCAUACCAGUCAUGGGAUAGAGCUGGGAUGUCCUGCUGCAGCAAAUUGAUUUUCUGCUCCCCUUGCCCAUGCCUUGUGGGAACUACCCGCUCAAUCAUAUCCUUCCCUCUGCUCAGACAGGGGAGGGGAAUCCCUGGUGGCUGAGUGCCUUAGGAACUGCAGUCUCUCCUAUGCAUUUCAUCCCUGAGUCUGGCAAGGCCGGUGUUUCCUGACCCAGCCAUUGGCCCCAGACCAUGUGCCCAUUCUGUCCUGUCUGUCCCAUCUCACCUGCCUAAACAUUUCACAUGCCAACACAGAAUGCUUUUCUCUUCUUUAUUUCCAGCAGAUGAGGGCAUUUUCUCUGCUACAGGAGGCAAGGAGGAUGACCGACCCUCUGUGCAAGGAUCUUUCUUAGGGAAACUCCUCUUCUUGCCACCCCAUGUCAGCCAGUACCCCCAAGAUUUCUUCUUGAGGAGUGAAGUCCAUCAGAACCAUGCUGUUCUGCCUUUCUCUCUCCCCCUCAGAACAGUCUCAGAGCCUCUUUCUCAGGUUACUUCUUCCCACCUCCAUGAACAGAUUCCUUCCAAAACAAAAUCAGGAAAUCUGGGGAUGGGACAGGUAGCUUUUGUUAUAUUUGCCUAAAAGGGGAAGAAUCCAGAAUUUGGGUACACAAAAGAAGGAAAUUACUCAAACACAUUUGUAACCCUAACUCUGGUUCUUAUGAGGUUUUUGUUUCAUUUCAUUUUUAAUUGAUAGAUUUUAGUUUUUAGAAAAUUUUUGUUUGUUUGUUUUAGUGGCCACAUCCACAUCAUCUGGAAGUUCCCGGGCCAGGGAUUGAAUCUGAGCUGCAUCUGCCACAAAGCUGGAUCCUUAAACUCACUGCACUGCAUAGAAGAUUGAACCCAUGCUUCAGCAUCGACCUAAAUAGCUGCAAUAGGAUUCCUAUCCCACUGUGCCACAGGGGGAACUCCAGAACAGUUUUAAGUUGACAGAAAAUUGAGCGGCUAGUACAGAGAGUUGCCAUGUACUGCCUCUCCCUACUUUGUGAGGUUCGAAGUGCCUAGUUUUGGAACUCAUGAGCUGCUGAAAGAAUAAAUGCAAUUUUUCAAGUUAGUACAACUUUUCUAACCUGCUGAAGCACUGAGAGGCAUGCAGGAAAGUUAGUAAAAUUAGUAGAUCACUUAUCAUCUUGGCCCACAGUUUAUUUAUAAAGGCAAAUUACUAAAUUACCUAGUUGCAGAGCAUUUUUAAUUAUUCAGAUAAGAAGCACAAGAAUGUUUAUUUUACAGCUUAACAUGCUUUUUUUUUCUGGUUUAAAAAGGUCUAAUAUAAUUGAAUUGUUGUCUAACAACAACUAGAAUUUUCCAAUUGUUUAUCUCCUUUUGCAAGUUGCUUCUUUUCAGGGUUCUUAUUCUAGUGCAGCCCAUUAGUCCAGAACCACAAAUUGAUUCUUAAAAGCUACCUGCGGUUGAAGUAUGGCACAGAGUGGGAGCUCCAUAAAGUGUGCACGGUUUCAUCUUUCUGCAGCUAAAUCCCUAAAGCCUUUAAAGGGCCAGGGAGUUUGAAGUCUUCUCUAAUGAUUGAGUAAUGGUUGAAAAGCUUUCUGAAAAUGUUGUAAAUAUUUAUUGAUUGAUCGUCAACAGAGAAAAAGGCUUUUACUCCUUCACAGUGGCUGAGAGGAGGGUGAGGGAGGAAGCUUUUCUACACCCAUUUGAAUUUGGCUUUUUCAUUUCUCGUGCUUUGAGGUCCCUGACAUACAUUUCUAGAAUAGACCUCUUCUUUCACCUUCAAAAGGAAAGAAAAUUAGAAUCAAACAGUUUUCUUAAGUUUUGCUCUAUGACCCAGAGAAAUGUAUAUAGAUAUUAAGCAAGUUGAACAAGGGUAAGUAAGCACAGCCCUUCAUGAAUAAGAAGGAAUUUUAGUUUCAAUCCACUGAAGGGAGAUGGAGUAGGUGGGGUAGGCAGCUGCCGAUGUCGUGAGAUGUGAACGCUACCAAAAGAUGUGCCUGCACAAAAAUAUCUCUCCCCUGGGUCUAUUCUAGUUACUAAAAGGCAGCCAGCGAUUGGAACUGCUUUUCUGGAUAAAGGCAUUGUCUCCGUCAGAUGCCAUCAAAAUACAUAUCUAUUCCUUGGAAAAGAUAAAUGUUAACACUUUAAGAAAGAUUAUAGUGUGUGUGUGUGUGUGUGUGUGUGUGUGUGUGUGUGUGUGUGUAUGUGUCUGUGUGAGCUUUUUAUUUUGAGAUAAUUGUAGAUGGGCAUGCCGUUGGAAGAAAUAAUACAGAGAAAUCCUGUAUAUCCUUCAUAAUUUGCACAGUUAUAAGACAAUAGCACAGUUGGGAAAUUGACACUGAUACGGUCGGCAGACCGGAUGCAGAUUUCUUCAGUUUCACAAAUGUGUAUGUAUGUCUAUGUGUUUAGCUCUAUGCAGUUUUAUCACAAGAUGUCAGAUCUGUCACAAGGUCCAUGGGGAGCUCCAGAGCAAAGGUUUCCCAUAAAAGGAGUCCUACACUGGGCAGAACUGGCCCAGCCUCCUUGCUCAGUCAUUACUGGGACCAGUUUAUAGACACUGAGCAUAAAUGCUGUGGCCAAUUCAAAGAUGUGGCUGCUGGAGGCUAGAGGCCAACUACAUCCUUGCAGCAUUCUUUCUUGUCAGGAGAUCUCACGGGCGCACUGCUCUGUUGUGACCACUGUUUUUGAUUUUCAUGGCACUGAAAAUUUUAAAUUUUUUUUAAUUUAUUUUUUUGGCCACACCCAUGGCAUGCAGAAGUUCUUAGGCCAAGGACUGAACCCACGCCACAUUAGCAACCAAGCUGUAGCAGUGACGCCAGAUCCUUAACCUGCUGCACUACCAGGGAACUUUUGUCAUUGACAUUUUUGAUGAGUAAUCUUCCCUUUCUUUUAUUUUUAAUAGAACAUUCUUCAUUUUUUUUUCAUUUUAAAAAUUUUAUUAUAGUUGAUUUAUAAUGUUGUGUUAAUUUCUGCUGUACAACAAAGUGAGUCAGUUAUACAUGUACACACAUUCAUUCUUUUUCAGAUUCUUUCCUGUAUGGGUUAUCACAGAAUAUUGAGUAGAUUUCCCUGUGCUAUACAGCAGGCCCCCGUUGACCAUCCAAUCCAUAUACAGUAGAGUGUGUAGUUAAUCUCAAACUUCUAAUUUAUCCCUCCCCCUCUUUUUCCUUUGGCAACCAUAAAUUUGUUUUCUAUGUCUGUGAGUCUGCUUCUGUUUUGUAAAUAGGUUCAAUUGUAUCUUUUUUUUAGAUUCUGCAUAUAAGUGACAUCAUAUAUUUGUCUUUCUCUGUCUGACCUACUUCACUUACUAUGAUCCUUGCUAGAUCGGAUAUCUAACCUGGUGUUUUUUAAACAUUUUUUCACAGACUCUUACUGAUAAUUAUCUUUUUUUUUUUUUUUUUUGAACUGGUGCUCUUCAGGAACAAACUUGGGGAAACUGCACAUGUAGCUGUUGCUGUGAGAAGUCAUCUCCCCCCCUUUUAUGGAGUGAUUGCCUCUUUUAUUUAAAAAAAUUUUAUUUAUUUAUUUAUUUUUGUAUUUUUAGGGCUGUACCGGAGGCAUAUGAAGGUUCCCAGGCUAG